UAUUUUAAACACCAUUUAAAAGCACAUUGAGCGCACUAAUUGACAUUUUUAAUGACAAAAAAGAUUCAAUUGUGGAGUAAUUAAAACAACAGAUGGAUUAUCGCACACCGGGUGACAAUGAGGAAGUGUAUUAAGUAUCCAGAGAAAUAAGAUACAUUAUAGUAUAGGUAGAAACAACAUGUGGAUGUCGACAUAGUUUAACAUUGGGAUGUUCUUAUUUUUAUUCUUAAUGUUAACACAAUGACAACAAACAACAUCAUUACAUCUGUUAGUCUGUUUACAAAUGAAAUAUUUGAGAAUUCAUCCUCUGCAACAGAAACACUCUUAGACAACAGAUCUACAGUGGAUUUCUCUACUGUUGCUACUAUUUCAAAGUUAGAUGAUGAAAUUUCUAGCAUUGACAAUGUAACGAACUGGAUAUGGAUAAUAGGUUCACCCAUAGUGUUCAUUCUUGGAAUAAUUGGAAAUAGUGGAAUAGUACUAGUUUUAUAUCGAAUGAAUAGAUGGAAAAAGUUGACGUACAAGUUAAUUUUGACAUUAGCUAUAUCCGAUUCGGUUGUACUGUGUAUUGGACUUGGACGACAAUGGCUUCGAUUUGCUUUAGAUAUAGACAUAAGACUGUUUUCAGAUUUUGGGUGCAAAUUUUCUGUCUUUCUCAUAUAUUUUUCAAUGCAUUUUUCCUCAUGGACUUUAGUUUGCGCUACGUUUGAAAGAUAUCUGAAAACAAGACAUCCAUUUCGUACAUAUUGUGUAAAUGUUUCGAAAAUUUUAAAGAUAACUUAUGUGUUCAUUAUUGUCCUAACAUUGGGACUUGACUUUCCACUUCUUUUAACGAAUGAACUUAAGAUUAACACAGAUAACAGUCGAACUUGUAACAAUACGUCAAUAGAAACCUCAAAUUAUGAAGAAAAGUAUUUUGUUUUUAUCGACUUCGCAUGGUUAUGCUUCAUUCCCUUUGUUUUAAUGACGUUUAUGAACUUUUUUGUUGGCAGAACAAUAAGAAGAUCAUUCCGACGUACAGUGAGAUACAUCCCAGAUCCACAAAAUCGUGAACGUCAUUUGAUUGGAAAUAAAAAGUUAACUCGGAUGAUAUUCUGGACUAGUGUAUACUUUCUCCUCACAACAUUACCUAUAUCAAUACAUUUUUGUGUGGACUCAUUUCUAAAACCAGGUUCAACAAAAGAAACAUCUGACAAAAUUGAUCUGUCUGAAGCAAUUCUUUAUUUAUUCCAGUUUACAAAUUACUCUGCUAAUUUUUAUAUAUACUGCAAAUUUAAAGAUGCCUUUAGAGAAUACCUUCCUUGUAAAAGAAGAUCAAGAUUUUCACUAGAAAGACAAUCUCUUUCAGUUUCCAGAGGCAGCCGAGUGACGACAAUAACAAAUGCUGAUUACCCUGUUGGAAACGGUUCGGUGCAUGAAUUUCAGGAAAAUCUUAAUCGUUCUGUGAAUGAAACUCAGCUUUCUUGAGAUGAUGAAUGUGAACAUCAUCAUACACUUACUAUUCCACUUAAUGAAAUAGAAACAAGUAGUGACAAGCUAAGAAUGAAAUAGAUAUAUAUGACCGUUACUGAUAAGUCUUAUGAAGACAAAACGCGCGUCUGGCGUAUUAAAUUAAAAUCCUGGUACAUUUGAUAACUAAUUGAUGUACACCUCACAUAUUUCUUUUAUUUAUCUACUGGUAUUAAAGGUAUGUCUGGAUAUGGAAUUGAAACGAAUAGAGCCAUGAUAAGAUGGGGUUAUAGGAAUGAUUAUGUAAAACAAAUGAAUUGAUUUCAUUUAUAUACUGGUUUUAGAUAUACCCAGUCUUAUAUAUGAUUCAAUAAAUGGAUUGUCAGAUUUUAACUUAUCUUAAUUCAUAACCCUCUGCAAACAGUGAUUACUAUUUAGGGGAAAUCAUAAAAUUAUUAAAAACAUGAUUAGUUAAUCGUAAAGAAAGGUACGAAUAAUUAUAUAUAACAAACACUUAGACAUCGAUUAUAUAACUAUGUUUUUGAUCUUCAUAAUAAUGUUUAAUUAGACUACAAACUGAUUAUAUUCGAGCUGUAUUUAUGAGUCGUAUGUAGUCCAAGCGCAUGUCCAUUGUUACCACAUCAUAAUUGUGGUAUCUUUAAUA